GCUCAUAUUCUUUUUUUGUUCCUGUGCACCCACUGGAAUGGGACAUGGUUCACCACGAGGACAAAGCACUUCCCCAGCAGGUAGUAUCAGAAGGCUUCCAUGGUCCGUUUUACCACUAGACAUAAUUUCUUGAUGACAGUGUAUUGUUGCUCGCUGGCAUGGAGUUUUGGUUGAGGUAUAGGAUCGUGUGCUCUUCCUCUUCCCCUACUAUCUGCAAAAGGAUAGGUGCCACUCCUACUACUGAAAUGUCUGCGGGAUAAAUUCCUUCUUGAAGUCUGGGGGUUAGGAGUACUAGACGACAGUAAAAGACCAUCCUUAAGUUGGUGAAUGAUUCUUCUGCUGGUGAAUGAUUGGUCCAUUUGACUCUCUCUGGGCCCUGGGCUUUUAUAGGUCUGUCAGUGGCCAUUGCCGUCAAGGCAAAGUGAGGGGUAAAUCAGAAGUAGUACUCCAUUGUCUCAAACAAUGCGCUGACUUGCUUUUUUGGUUUGCUCAGAACCAAUUCUGUAUAGCCUCUACCUUGCUCCAGUGGGGUUUCACCAGGCCCCUUCCCACCAUUUAGCCAAGGUAUUUGGCCUUGGCCAGCCCCAUUGCACACUUGAUUGUUUGGUGGUGAGGCCAGCUUGUCUGAGAGUAUCUAACACAAUUUUUACUUUGUCUAGAUCUGUAUUCCAGUCUGCGCUGUGGAUGAUUGUCAUCUAAAUAGGUGGAAGCAAACUUGGCAUGAGACCAAAGUGGAAGAAUACAUGUUCACUUUCAGUGAAGAAGAGCAUGUUCCCAAAUUCCUCCAACUUGGGUCGUCCACCCUUCCUUCCAAAACAUCAGCAGCAGACUAAUUUUUUCCACGAGCUUCCUCUGACUAUACCACCCACUCUUCUCUCUCAGCAGCAAAUAGUUGAUGCUCGGUUCAACUUUCAGAAUGCAGCUCUUUCUAGAGCUCUCUUGAGUGGGAACCUUUCAACUACUCCAGCUGUUUCAGCACAGCCAUUGACGUACGGAAAUGGCAGCCCAGUACCUACAUCAGCUGCACCCACUUUAUUCCGAGGCAGGAAGAGGCUAAGUGAACAAAAUGUUCCUUACGAUGUCAAACGUCAGCGGUUUCAUUCACCUCAUUGUGAGUCAACUGUAGUUAACCAAACAGUGCCUUUACCAGAAGAACGCAGAUACUCAUUCCCAGGAUCAAUUCCUUCACCUCUGUUUCAUGCACAUUACAUACCAGAUUUGAGUGGAUGUGUUCCACCUUUGCGAGAUGCUCCAUUUCCAGACCCUAUAGAAACCACGCUUCCUGUGGCCAAAGAUAAGUUAAGUCAACAGGUACUGGAGUUGUUUCAAGCAUGUCAGCAACAAACCUGCGACUUGAACAGAAAAGAGCUCUGCCGAACAGAACUCCAAAAGGAAAUUCAGCGAAUUUUUCCACAGAGCAGACUCUUCUUGGUUGGAUCUUCACUGAAUGGAUUUGGUACUCGUAGCAGUGAUGGUGACUUGUGCCUGGUGGUUAAAGAGGAGCCGGUAAAUCAGAAGACUGAAGCAAGACAUAUACUCAGCUUAGUCCAAAAACUCUUCUGUACUAAACUUUGUAAGUCCCAGUCAACUGCAAGCUACAUUGAGAGGCCUCAGCUGAUUCGAGCAAAAGUGCCAAUAGUGAAGUUCAGGGAUAAAGUCAGCUGUGUGGAGUUUGACUUGAAUGUAAACAAUGUUGUAGGAAUAAGAAAUACAUUCCUUCUCAGAACCUAUGCAUACAUUGAGAAUCGAGUUCGUCCAUUAGUACUGGUGAUUAAGAAGUGGGCAAGUUUUCAUGACAUAAAUGAUGCCAGUCGUGGUACUUUAAGCAGCUAUAGUCUUGUGUUGAUGGUUUUGCACUAUUUACAAACAGCUGGAAAUGAGUUGGAGAAGCAGAAUCAUGUGAUGAGGCAGUUCCACAAGGAGCAUCAACAGUUCACAGACAAUAGCCCCUACCUGAACCCAUCCUUCCAUCCCUCCAAAAAAAUUACCCAACAGGAAUCUUUUAAUCCUACUAUGCAGCUGCACCUUGUACAUCAAGCUCCACGCACCGUUCCUCCUUACCUCUCCAAAAACGGAUCAACCCUUGGAGAAUUAUUAGUGGGCUUCUUCAAAUAUUAUGCCACAGAAUUUGAUUGGAGCCGCCAAAUGAUUUCAGUUCGUGAAGCCAAAGCCAUUCCAAGACCUGAUGGUAUUGAAUGGAGAAACAAAUUCAUUUGUGUAGAAGAGCCUUUUGAUGGAACAAACACAGCUAGGGCUGUACAUGAAAAACAGAAGUUUGACAUUAUCAAGGAUGAAUUUCUAAAGUCAUGGCAGAGAUUACGAGACAAGAGGGACUUGAACUGUAUACUGCCUGUAAGACCAACUACACAGAAAAGAUAAUAAGCUUCCUCCUCCUUCUUACUGGAGUCUGCUGAAAUAUAAAGAACAAUAUCAAAACCAAGAUGCAGUUUUCCCCAUGGUUUUUUAUGAAGUGUUUUCGCUUUCAAGUUUUUGUUAUGGAAAUGUUUAUAAGAAAGAUUACAUAUUUUAUUAUGACAUUUGUUAAUAUAACCAUUAAUUCAAAGAUGGAUUUUCUAAAAAUCCGUACACCAUUGACUUGUAUAGGAGACUAUUAUGACCCAAAUUUCAAACCACAGGACUUAAAUUAAUUUUAAGGACACUAUCAGAGUAUAUUAAAUUGUUGUUACUAUUAAUUGUGUAAUGGUUACUUCACCCACACUUAAUACUGAAAUAAAGGACUGAAAAACCAAGCAAUGUAUAAAAGUCCAGCUGUAUCCUUAAACAUUGCACGUUUCUUGAUAAAUAAGUAGCUUGUGCUUUACAACUGCUUAAAGCAGUAUGCACUUUUGCUCUACUUGGCACUUUCCAGUUUUAUUUCCCUCUUACAUAGAACCACAGUAACAGUUUAUUAAAAUUAAAUUAUACCCUCAUUAUUAUGUUCCUGAUCCCAGGAAUUAUUGAAACUGGAAUUUUAGAGCAGCAGAGCUACUACAUUUGAAAUUAAGCAUUUACAGACAUUGGUUUUCCAUGUAUAAUAUUCAUACGGAUUAGGUCAGAUAUCUCUUUUAAUGUUUCCUUUCCAUAUGCAAAGUAGUAGUGAUGGCUGCUUAAAAAAGCUGCUAAUAAGCCAAGUCUUUUGUUUUGAUUUUCUGUAAAUAUUUGUAAAUUGGUCAGCUGCUGUAAAUUGAAAUUUCAAAAGUAAUCUUGAAAAUUUUAACUUUUCCAAAAAAGGUGAAACUUCUUUUAGACCUGCUGUAGCACAGUUUGUGCCUCUCACGUAUUUGUUAUUGCAGACCAAUUCAUAUGUUAAAAUUGUUAUUUCUUGAUGAUGUCAAAUUAAUAUUUUCAUUUUUCUUUUAAGUUUAAUAUUUUGUAUGGUGUCCAGUGGAAUAAAGUUUAUGU